CAUGUCAGCUGACAGGCAGCUGGCCAAUGAGAUUGAGUUUGAUUUACGUAAGUUUGAAGAGCAGCAAGAGGAGCUGGAGCUGCAGAAAAAACAACAGCAACAGAGGAAGUCUCUCGGUGGAUCAAAACCAAAUUCACCAGUGGGGUCACCUCAGCCAGGAACCUCCCCCAAAGCAGGACCCCCUGCAGUAACUGUCCAGUCCCCAGGCCAGAGCCGGCCACGAUCAAUCAUUCCUAAGACUCCAGUGAUGGCUCUCAACUCUCCAGCCACCAGGACAGGAACAUCCAGCAGGAAAAUGUCCCUGGUAGCCAUUGCUGCUAUGAACUCUGCGAGAAAAGCUGUAGAGAUGAGCAACAAGAAGCAGGCCACGCCCACUCCACAGCGCACGCGCCGCAGAACUACAGAGAACACUCCGCCACAGAUGGGUAAAAACAGCUCCGCGGACGAAGAGGAGGACUCCUCCCCACCUGGCCAGGCCACAUUUAAAACUCCCACCAGUAAAGAGAGAGCAAAGAAGACCCCAGAAAGAGAAGGCAGAGCUGUCAGCACACCAGAGGCGAGCUUACUGAGUAACUUGACGUUCCACCAAGGUCAGGACACGAGCAUGAUGCCAUUGUCUCCAAUCCCUACUUCCAUGCCUCUCCGACUGUACAGCAGUAAUAUCCCUAGCACAGGUUCUAAAACAAAUAAAGCAUCAAAAGAGGGCGAAGAUCAGAAUCCAAAGACAAUUCCUAUGGACAUUGUCUGCAUGUUUUCCCCAGAUAAACCAACGCCCAAGCCCCGGAAGUGGAAUGUUCAUUCACCAACUUCAUCAAGAAUAAAAGAAAAAAGUCAAGAUAUUUCAGAGACCACCACCCAGGAUAUUCUGGAGGUAGCUGAACCUCAGCGGAGACGUACACGCAGUGCACGGUCCAAGAAAAAAUGAAAACGUUAAAACAUACUGCAUGUGAAACUAUAAUACAGCUGUGACAUUAUCUUGUAAAAGCAAACAAAAAUCUAACCUUUGUAUAGAAGUUGUAGUGGACCAGAAAAAGGCACAUAAAAUUAUUAAAAGACAAUUUGAACUUUGAUAAUUAAUGCAGAUUAUGCUAUUAACAAUUACAUUAUUUAUAUGUAGAUUUAUUAGCUAUGUACAAAAUUUGAUUAUUAUUUUGGUCUUUUAUAGUGUGUUUUUUUCAAAAUGAAGUCUCCAAGGUGCACAGGGCACCUGCAUAUGGUACAGUACCUCUCAUUGGUCCACUUCACUGUCAUUAUAAUUGUGUACUUGUGAUUAUGUAUUAUUUAAGGAUUAAGCAUCUGUUAGGAUACUAAGGAGCCUGGACAUUAUUCUGCCUCUUCAAACAAGAUUUGUUGGAAAAUGUAAAAUUCCAUCUAUAAAGAGCUUGAAUACAAUGUAAACACAAUGUUUGCUUGAUUAGUCUUCAUUAUUCUUUAUAAUA